AUGUACAUUUUCAUUGCAGCUUUGUUAAUCAACUCUGUUCUUUACAGCACUGCUAUCUAUCCAAAGCUUUUGAUUGACUUUUUAUCUGAAAAACAGAUCAUAUCGUAUUCAGCCUGUCUCUUUCAGUGGUUUCUAUAUUAUACUCUAGUCUGUUCAGAAUUCUUCCUGUUGGCAGCCAUGUCUUAUGACAGAUAUGUGUCUAUAUGUAAACCUCUGCAAUAUCCAACUAUCAUGAGAAAAACAACUGUUUACAUUUUCCUGAUUUUAGCUUGGAUUCUACCUGCUUGUCAGAUUUCAAUUGGGCCAUUGCUGAUUGCUAAUGAGAAACUCUGUUACUUUGUUCUAAAAGGAAUAAUUUGCAACAGCACAAUUAAGAAACUUCACUGGAGUUCAGCAGUGGUGGAUAUAUAUGGCUUGAUUCUUUUUGUAGGAUCUGUACCUCUCCCUGUACUCUUCAUACUUUUUACAUACACCAGGAUACUUAUAAUAACCUAUCGAAGUAGUAGAGAAGUUAGGAGAAAAGCUGCACAGACCUGUUUACCCCACCUGUUGGUUCUAAUCAACUUUUCCUGUUUGAGUACAUAUGAUGUACUUUCACACUUCCUGGGGUGA